AUGCUGAGCUGGCUGUCGGACGGAAACAGCCAGCAUCCAGGCGUUUACCGUUUUCUUCCUGCCGCUGGCCGUGCGGAGGCCUUCCUACUUGGCGUUGGUGGAGCUGCUGACCACUUUGCGCACCAACUGGGCGAUGGCAUCGCGGUCAAUCCCGAAGAUUCGGAGAAGCUCCUGGGGCUUACCGCUGCGGGGCACCUGAGAAACCGCCAGGCGGUGGACGUAGUGGUCCUCCACUGUGAUGAUGCGUCCUCUGGUGGCCCUCGCAUUGUCGAUAAUGGUCUUGGAGUCAAGAGGUUUGAUGUUCAGCGGCAGCCAAAGCCUCAUGAAGGGUAA